AUAAAGGCAGCCGCGGUGGCGGUGGCGGCGCAGAGCUCUCUGUGCGCCCAGGAGUUAGAACCCUGGGACCUCUGGAGGCUGUCAGAGCCCUGACUCGGCAGCGCGGCUUCGUGGGGACCAGGCUUGCAAAGUGACACUCCUCCUUUCUCUUUCUUUCUCUCUCUUGAGUCCUUCUGAUAUGACGGCUCUGGGCGCAGUGGGCGCUGCCCGGGUCUUGGUCGCCCUGGUAGCUGCGGCUCUUUGCAGCCACCCUCUGCUCAGAGUGAGCGCCACCUUGAACUCGGUUCUCGUCAAUUCCAACGCCAUCAAGAACCUGCCCACCGCUGGGCGGCGCUGCCGGACACCCAGGCUCCGCAGUCAGCGCUGCUCCGGGAAUUCUGUACGAGGGCGGGAACAACCGUACCCGUGCGCCGAGGACGAGGAGUGCAGCACCGAUGAGUACUGUGCGAGUCCCACCCGCGGAGCGGGCGCCGGCGCGCAAGUCUGCCUCGCCUGCAGGAAGCGCCGAAAACGCUGCAUGCGCCACGCUAUGUGCUGCCCUGGGAAUUUCUGCAAAAAUGGAAUAUGUAUGCCUUCUGAUCACAAUCAUUUCCACCGAGGGGAAAUCGAGGAAACCAUUAUUGAAAGCUUUGGUAAUGAUCACAGUACCUUGGAUGGGUACUCCAGAAGAACUACCCUGUCUUCAAAAAUGUAUCAUACCAAAGGACAAGAAGGUUCUGUCUGUCUGCGAUCAUCAGACUGUGCCACAGGAUUGUGUUGUGCCAGACACUUCUGGUCCAAGAUCUGUAAACCCGUCCUCAAAGAAGGUCAAGUGUGCACCAAGCACAGGAGAAAAGGCUCCCAUGGGCUGGAGAUAUUCCAGCGUUGUUACUGCGGAGAAGGUCUGUCUUGCCGGAUACAGAAAGAUCACCAUCAAGCCAGUAAUUCUUCUAGGCUUCACACCUGUCAGAGACACUAAGCCAGCUGUCCGAACACGGUGGACUCCUUUUCUAUAAUAUAUGCUAUGAAAACCUUUUGUGACUGUCAAUUCAGUCCUUAAGGAUGUACAAAUUCUGUGGUUACAGUUAAGCAUUCCAAUAAUACCUUCCAAAAUUCUGGAGUGUAAGAGCUUUGUUUCUUUAUGGAACUCCCCUGUCACUGAUUGCAGUAAAUUACUGUGUUGUAAAUUCUCGGUGUGGCACUUACCUGUAAAUGCAAUAAAACUUUUAAUUAUUUUUCUACAGGUGCUGCAUUGUCUAUCGUUCCUCUUGUUAUGUAAAUUUUUGUAUACAUUGAUUGUUAUCUUGACUCUGAAAAAUAUUCUAUAUUGAAUGGAAAUAAAUAAUUUCAGCUUAUACUUCUUAAAUGCAUAACUCUUUCCCCUUUUAAUUCUAGAAUCUAGAAUGUAAGGAGCUUUUGGAAUGACAAAUGAUAGGUAACUAAAAUUUGUCAUGAAAAUAUUAGCUUAUUUUCUGAAAUGUACUAUCUCAGUGCUUAGACUAUAUUUAUCUCCAGGCUGUGAUAGCCCUUGAAAUAAAAUUUAACAUUCAAUACCAUAAAAUGUUACAAGUAUAGAUAAAUUUUGGCAUUGUGAUCUGAGAGGCCCCUGUGUGUGUCUGUGUGUGUAUGGUCCACAGGACAGAAAUGUGACGUGUUUAAAGAUGAUCAGAGAAAGAUGUCGUCUAAAUGUAAGACAAUAUUCAUCAAUUAUAAUUUUAAAGAAAAACGUUCUCCGUUCACAAACUCAAAUGAUCAUGGUAUAUGAGAUUGAAUCUUACAUUACUACUUUCAAAAGUAGUUUCCAGUAAAUUAAUAGUAUCU